AAACGCGGAGUUCUGUUGUCAACCUUCGGGUGCAGAAGGCGUCGCUCAGUGUCCGCUAUUUUCCUGUAGUCUUCUGACUAACGCACUUGGCGCUGAUUAAGGAUAGAAAUAGCCUUUCUUUCUUUAGUCUAUCUGUUUGACUAAGUUUAUCAGAGACAGAGACGCGCGUCUGAAAUUAAUUCAGAAAUACUUGAAAAAGAUAAAGAAAAUCUAACCACCUCAGUGUUCCUGCUGCUUAACAGUCCCACGUACACUUCUGAAAAUGUCUGGCGAAGACGCACCAGCUCAGCAGCAAAACGCCGAAGAGCAGAAAAACCAGGAGACUAAAAAACCCGCUGAGGAGCCGAAAGCGGAGACCAAGCCAGACUCUCCGCCCGCCAGCGCCGCCACGGAGGCUGCAGCCGCCCCAGCAGCGGCAGAGAAGGCGCCAGAGGAGGAGGCUUUCACCUACCGGUCCCUGGUCCUGACUGGGUAUGGCGGUUACGAUAAAGUUAAGCUGCAGGUGAAGAAGGGGAAGCCGGCCCUGAAAGCCGGCGAGGUAAUGGUGCGGGUGAAGAUGUGCGGGCUCAACUUCGCCGAUCUUAUGGCUCGCCAAGGGCUGUACGACCGGCUCCCGUCUCCGCCCGUAACGCCGGGGAUGGAGUGCUCUGGGAUAAUAGAGGCUGUGGGGGAAGAAGUGACGGAUAGGAAAGUGGGCGAUAAGGUGCUGGCCCUGAGCCGCAGUGGGAUGUGGCAGGAGGUGGUGGUCGUGCCCACCACACACACCUUCAUCAUGCCGGAGGGGAUGAGCUUCGAGGAGGCCGCAGCCCUGCCCGUCAACUACAUCACUGCCUACAUGAUGCUGUUCGACUUCGGACACCUGCGGCCCAACCAGAGUGUGCUCGUCCAUAUGGCUGCAGGUGGGGUGGGCAUCGCUGCCACCCAGAUGUGCCGCACGGUGAAGGACGUGACCGUCUUCGGCACGGCGUCAGCCAGCAAGCAUGAGGUCAUCACCGAGGGCGGUGUCACGCACGCCAUCGACUACCGGACAAAGGACUACGUGGAGGAGGUCCGCAAGAUCAGCCCUAAAGGGUUGGAUAUCGUGCUGGAUCCUCUUGGAGGCUCUGACACCCAUAAGGGCUACAACCUUCUGAAACCUAUGGGCAAACUCAUCAGCUACGGCGCUGCCAACAUGCUGUCAGGGCAGAAGAAGAACCUGAUCGCGGUGGCCAAGACCUGGUACCACCAGUUCUCCGUGCACAGCCUGAGCCUGAUCCAGGGCAACCGUUCGGUGUGCGGCUUCCACCUGGGCUACCUGGACACGGAGACGGAGCUCAUCGCCCAGGCCAUGGACUCCAUCCUGGGCCUGUACCGCCAGGGCAAGGUCAAGCCCCGCAUCGACUCCACCUUCCACCUCGAGCAGGUGGGGGAUGCCAUGCGCAAGAUGCAGGAGAGGAACAACAUCGGCAAGAUCGUCCUGACCACCGAGCCCAUGAAGGAGGAGGAGAAGAAGGAGGAGGCCAAGAAGGACGACAAGAAAGACGACAAGAAAAAAGACGACAAGAAGAAGGACGACAAGAAGAAGGAAGAAGGAAAAAAGGAGGAGAAGAAGAAGGAGGAGGGAAAGAAGGAAGAGAAGAAAGAGGAAAAAAAGGAGGAGAAAAAAGAAGAGAAGAAGGAGGAGAAGAAGGAGGAGAAGAAAGAGGAGAAGAAGGAGGAGGCUAAGAAAGCAGAGAAUUGAGGAAGACCCACUAAGAUGGAUAGUUAGGCAGACGAGUAGGGGUCAUUCUUUUUUCGGGGGAGGGGGUAGAGAUAUUGUAUGUGUGUUUAUGCACAUGUUUGUGUAUGAGGGCGUGUUUGUAUGUAUGUAUGUACAUGUAUGUAUGUGUGCACAACUUUGGUAUGCCUGUGUGUGCGUGUAUGUGUAUAUGUAUGUGUAUGUGCACAUGUACACAUGUGCACAUAAAUGUAUGUGUGAGCGGGUGGGUGGUUGUCUUUGUGUGUACAUGUGUGUGUAGUUGUAGGUAUGUUAGACAAGGGAGCGUGUUUUUAACAGUGCACGGUCCAGCACCCAGCCUCUCCCCCAGGCCCUGGUGACAGUAUCACUGGAGCUGAGCUGCAUGUCACACAAACCCAUCAAUAACAGUGCACCUACUAAGGGCUACACUCACAUCUACCCACAGCCCUCCUACACACAGACACACACACAUACACACACACACACACACACACACACACACACACACACACACACACACACACACACACACACACACACACACAACCAACUUCUACCCAGCAAAACUACUGUGAUUCCUUCACAGAACAUAUCUGCAGUAUAGCAGUACCCCCUUUGGAAAGUUUUCUAUUGGUAUUAUUAUGCUGUUGUAUUUCAUGCCUCUAUUUCAAUCUUAGAGCAAUAGUACAUUCAGUAUACAGUACAUGUAAUUGUGACAUUGCUAUAUCACAACUGUGUGUAGUGCCACUGGUCUAAUCCCCAAGAAUGUAUUACAUCUAAGAAGUAUUUCAACACUGUGGUAUUUGAUAUUGAUUUCCUAUCUACACUACAGUUCUAUUAGCUCCAAUAUACUGUCACUCCCAGGCAGCGUUCUAAAUGAAUGAGUGUUCGCUAGUUCACUGUCUGAUAGAGCCUCUUCAAAGUGCACGUAGGGUCAUCAAGUGCAGAUAUGUUCGUGUUUCCCCUGAAAUGUGCACACCACUCCCACAACCUGCUAAGGACUCUGGGUAAUGGCCUGGCCUGGGGUUGAUGGCUGUUGCCAUGACAACUGUGAUCCCUCUGCCUCCUGGACUGUCUGGUCUUCUCUCUCUCUCUCUCUCUCUCUCUCUCUCUCUGUCUCUCUCUCUCUCUGUACCCUCGUCUCCCUGGUGCUCUUCUCUCUCCCUCCUCAGCUGGAAGAUCCAGCUCCAGUUUCUGUCUUAAUAGCUCCUCCCAUCACCAACCUGCUACGCCCUUAUUUGGUCCAGACUCACAGACAGGGACUUAAUGCCAUUUUCCACCCACCUGUUAGCUCAUCCGCUAAAUGAAAUCUGCCGUCGUGAUAUCAUAGUGACGUGUGUAUCUGAAGAUGGGGUGGCCUUAUAGUUUCUGAAGGCGACUACAUUACCCAUGAUUCUGUGUUCUGCAGUGCCCUGGAAUUGCCUGACCAUAAAUCUGAUUACUGUCCUGUUAAAUUUAACAAGAGGAAACACAUUUUAAUGAGGCGACUGUUGGCAAGCAGUGCCAAUUAAGGGUGAAUUCUGUUAAAUUGUCCUUCUUCCUCUCUCUCCCUCUCUUCCUCUCUCUCUCUCUCUCCCUCUCUUUCUGUCUCUCCUUGUGUGUGUCUAUAUGUGUGUCUAUGUAUGUGUGUGUGAGUGUGUGUCUAUGUGUGUGUGUGUGAGUGUGUGUCUGUGUGUGUUUUUCUCUUUCUUUUCACUCCCUCACACAAACACACGUCAUAAGUGUGGCAUUGUGUGUCUGGAACAUUCCGAGUUGUGACGGAGAAUAGAAUGCUCCAAACCCCCACCCCACUCCCCACUCCCCCGUCCCCUCCUCGGGAGUUCAAGGGAGGAAUUUUGGUGACCCGUUUCUCUCCUUUGACCAGGAGGAACCUGCCGUUCGCUCUGACCUGGCCUGAGUCAUUUCGACUCAAAGAGAAAAACGAGCGAAACUCUCUCACUUCCUUCCCUCCCGCUGCCGCCACUCUGCUCCUUAGCCUCGUGCCUGGCUCUCCGGUCGGCAUAGCAACAGGCUUCUGACUAGUCAAGAGAUGUCGGGGAGGCUGUAUGGCUCUCUCUCUCCCUCUCUCUCUCUCUCUCUCUCUCUCUCUCUCUCUCUCUCUCUCCCCCUCUCUUUAUGCCAGCCCCUCUGUGUAGAAUAGGUGACCCUUUACCCCCCCCCCCCACUCUCCCAGUUCUUGUGUCAUCACACACAUAUCGCUGUUCACAAUCGUAUAAUAUCUCAAUUAUGCAUCAGUAUAUGCAUCUUUGUAUAGUGAUAUCCUUAUUGGCAACAAAAGCACAUUGCAGUAGUCUCUCUUUCUCUCUUUCUCUCGCUCUCUCUCUCCUGCUCAAGUAUCUCCUCUUUCUUCUACCCAUUUGUCUGUGAGUCUGGUGUAUCUAGCCUUCACUGAGUUGUGCUUUUUUCUUUUCUUUUUUUAAGCUAAUAUGUUUGGUUGAGAGACCUCCCUAGUCUAUAUGGGGUGUAUGUAUGUAUGUAUGUGUGCGUGUGUGUGUGUGUGUGUGUGUGUGUGUGUGUGUGUGUGUGUGUGAGACCCAUGUGUGUGGGCGCAUAUGUGUGUGUUGUCAUGUGUGAAGGUAUGUGUAUGUCCUCAGGUCAUCUGUCAGGUUCAGAAGGAAAGAAGAAAAAAACCUUUUCCCUCUGAUCUCCCUGCCCCCUUCUCUACCUCCCUCACACGAUCUCCCAUGCUUCUCUGCUUCACCCUUUCUUGCCUCCCUCACACACACACAUAUGCCACACACACACACACACACACAUCCACUCACACAAACCUCUCCCUCCCACACACACACACACUCACACACUCUUGCAAUCUCUCCCGUCCUCUCGGUGGCUCACUCUCUUUCUGUGAUAAGUGACCUGUAUUGGUUUUGUAUUAUUUGCACUCUGCUUGUUGAUCUUAAUGCACUUACAACGAUGGCAGUUCCUCUCCUUUCCCAGUGGGCCACAGUAUCCGCCCAGGGUUUUGCAUGUUACCCUCCGUUGCUGACACAACUACACACACACACACACACACACACACACACACACACGCCUGCGUCAGGUGCCACGCACACAUACACAGAAUCAAUCUCUCACACUAGUGCACUCGCAUACACACACAUUUAUAGAAAAACACAGAACAUUUGUGUUGCAGUGCUCUGCUUUGACUGGAUUUGGUGUGCCAGACAAGGCCACCCUAUUAGAUAUGGUCAAAGAAACGUUUUAGCCACUCGUUCUGCCGGUGGCGUCCAUCGCAGCUGACCACGAUUAAUACACAGAGCAGAAUCAUUCAGAGCACAUGAGACACUGCCUGCCACACACAACUGGCCAAUAGGCCUGGCCCUGGUCCGACACCAAUCCACACCAGGCCAGAGUCAGAUCUCACACAAAGUUACACGCUAUCUGGACAAACACACACACACACACACACACACACACACACACACACUUGCACACACACACACUGCCUCUUUCAUUCCAAUAACGCUGAGUUUCAUCUGUUUGGUUGAAGUUCAGCGGUGCACUGGUAGAGGCGUGGUUCUGCCGUCCUGGUAAUGGAGAAUCAUGGUGUUCUGUCGUUAGAACCAGAACUGAACCCAUCUUCCGCGCUGGUCUGGGUGCUGGUUCUCACUAGCUCUGUUCUGUUGGUUGAGCUCGUUCCUUAUGUGUUCCUGAUCCUGUGGACGACACCUCAGAGUUGGCUGGGGCGUCACCUGACCUAACAAAAUACUCUUGUGAAGGAAGUCAUACGAUUAGUCUGUUUAUGUUUUUAUCCAUCUGUUUCCUGUUUUUUCUUAUCUAUUUGUUUCAAUGUUUGACGAGAGUUUGAGCUCAAAGGUCAGCCUCUUCGAGUGAAAAAAGAGAAAAAAUGAAAAUCUUGUUGUCAUUGUUUUUGCAUCCUGACCGAAUGUGCCAAACUGUGUUUGAACCACCUUUAACCAUGCCAAGCAAACCCUGCUACUGUGCUUUCUGUUAACAAACAAAUAAUGAUAAAGAAUGAAAUGUUUUCUGGAUACAUUUCCUAUGACCUUGCUCCCAAAAAAAGAGAAAAAGAAAA